AUGCCGCCUCUACGCUGCCCAACAUGCUGCGUAGACUCACAAGGCUCAGCUGCCCCACUCUCCCAGACGAAACCCCGGCAAAUCACAGCACGCCGAGCUUAUAGCUCCCAGUUCAACCCCGAUAUUAUCUUACCUCAAAACAGUCAAAAUAAUCAAAACCCUCGCAAAAGAGCAGCUCGACCACCCUCGCCAAGCUCCCAGCCGCUCUCCCAACGCCCCAGAGCAUACAGCAGCGCAACCGCCCACCCAACCCCCGCACAGCGCAGUAGAGCCAGCUCAACCAGCUCAAUCCACUCCCGAACAACGCUUACACAGCCGCUUCCAACUAUCGACCUUACAGAUAGCGCCGACAGCGGCCAAGCACCACCAAACUACGACUCCGACCCAUUCGCAACGCCAGAGCCGCCAGAGCCGCCAGCGCCACUCGAGCGCCCGUCAAACACACUCUCGCACUCGCAAUGGGCCUCCACACGCACCCAGCAGCCAGACCUCCAGUCUCUUCCGCCGUCGCAACCCCUCGACCUCCACGAAAGGGACCAGAGCCUCCAGGCCUCCAUCUGGGCCCAGAAUCCAAACCAGUCCCUCCAGGAGCAGCAUGACGAGCUCACUAAGCCAUUACUCGCCGACCCGGCUAUGCAAACCCUUGUGCGCUACUCCACCAUCUAUAUACCAACUAAAAAGCUACACCCGCGCCAAGCAACAGCGUUCAAAGAAACCGCUAAGCGCCUCGCCAACGCCUACCUUAACAAACCAUCCGAACAAGCAAUCCUCGACUUCCUACUACUACCGCGGAUCCUCGGUAUAGGCCUCCAGCAAGGCAACUUGAACCAGAAGCUGCGCAACUACCCACAUAUACUCCCAGCACCUCCAGAGCAAGCCAACCAAGCACGCCCCGAGCCAAAAGAGCUAAACAGCUCGCUGCGCGCUAUAGAGCUACUCGAACAAGGCUUUCUCGGUCGUGCAUCACAAGCGCUCGUCGACCAGGCGCCUCUCGCAGAGCUCACUCAAGAACUCAAAGCACAGCUCUGCCAGAAGCACCCAAUCGGCCCAAAAGACCCCUUCCAGAUCAGAGCCCGCCCACACGCAGGCCAGCCCAUCAAGAUCGAUGCUAUCCGUACAGCGAUCCGUACCACUAGUAAAGAAAAGGCCCCCGGUCUUAGCGGCUGGACGCGCUCGCUUCUCGACAUUGCGACAGCAGACGAAACAGACGGCUCUACACGCACCGGUGUGCUCGCUAUGAUCCGCCACAUCGCAGAGGGUAUCCGACUAGCUACAGCGAAAGGCUCGCAUCUCCUCACAGCGUCACGCCUCAUCGCGCUAGAAAAAGACGAUGGCGGUAUCCGCCCUAUCGCUAUCGGCGAUAUGAUCUAUAGAAUCGCCAUGAAAGCUGUUAUUGCCACGCUCUUCCGCCCCGAGAUGCUACUCCCGAACCAGCUCGGCGUCAGCUCCCCCGGCGGCGUCGAACCCGCCAUCUUUGCGCUCCAAAGCGUCAUUAUGAGCGACUCUACCGAAUUCGACACUAUCACCUCGGCCGAUGAAAGCAAUGCCUUUAACAAUCGCGACCGUACAACUAUCGCAACAGCAGUCCUCAACUAUGCGCCCACGCUGCUACAAGCCUCUGCCUGGGCACUCAACCACCCGGCGCUGCUCGUACUCUCAGACGGCACAGCUCUGGCCUCUGCGCAAGGCGUAUGCCAAGGCGACCCGCUCGCUAGUCUACUCUACUCGAUCUCACAGCGCCCAACUAUCGAAGCACUCCAAAGAAAGCUGCCAAACUCCCGUAUCUUCGCCUACCUGGACGACCUCUACGUACUCGGCUCGCGCAAAGACCCGGAAGUCAAACCAGUACUCUUAGAAACCUUCACCGAACACAACCUUGAACUCAACAUGCAUAAAACCAAGGAACACAAGAUCGAAGACCUUCGAACCACAGGCCUGCCGGUACUAGGCUCGUUUGUGGGGCCACGAGCUGCUCGAAAAACGUUCCUCGAGAAGAAGAUCGACAAGUAUAACUCUAUUCUUCUCACCCUACGCACGCUGCCUAAACAGCAUGCAUUACUGCUACUUAAAGGUAGCAUCAACCACCUACUACGCCACUUGCUCCGCCAGCUCGACCCGCGCGGACUAACAGAACUAUGGCAACAAGCCGACGCCGCCACAAUCGCCGCACUAGGCCAUAUCGCGUCCCGUCGACUCCAGCCAAUCAACAUAGAGCAUACUGCCUUAAUUGGUAUCCCAGCCCGCCAAGGUGGACUCGGACUUAUACUACACGCAAAGGUAGCAAAACAGCUCUAUGUAGCCGCUCGCGACGCCAAUACUGCUACUACACAGUUCAUUCUACGCGGUAAAACAACACCUACCAUGCUACUACUAGACGAACCUGCCCACCCGGCCGAAACAGCGCAAAGCGUGCUCAAGAGCUUCUAUAUAGAACAGCUCAAGAGCCUCGACUCAAUCUCCGAACCCGAGCGCAAUGCUCUCGCUGAAAACGCAAGCUACUUGGGUCGUCGCUGGAUCGAGGUUCUACCAACAAGCCCCAACACCAUGUUCACCGACGCCGAGAUCACCGAUGGACUCCGAAACAGGCUCUUAAUACCUAUAAAGCCACCAGACUUACCCUGUACACACUGCGCUGCACGUACCGCCAUCAACCACCAAGACACUUGCAAGGCUGCCCAGAGACGCUACCAAGCACGCCACGACCAGAUCAACCGAGCUAUUACCAAAACACUCUCUUGCCGGGAAGAUCUUGAAGUUGCUCCAGAGGUAGCCAUCCCAGGCGUUAACGAGCGCGUCGAUUUCGCUAUUACGCUCGGUUCGAGCAAAUACUACUACGACAUCCAAGUCGUAGCAGUCAACAAAGCGUCAGCGAAAGACAAGCUCCAGAACACGCUCGCCGAGGCCUACAAGGCAAAACAGCUCAAAUAUAGCUGCCUUGGUACGUUCUUCAAACCGCUUAUCUUCUCAGCUGGCGGCUUGAUGGAGAAGGAGACAGCACAAACGUAUAAAGGCUUGCAAGCGCUUCUAAGCCCUUACGCUGCUAACCAUCUCGACACAACGAUUGGUCUUAUACUAAAUCGAGCCCGCAUGAUGGCAGCUAUAUCGAUCGCCAACUAA